AUAAAGAUGAACUAAUAAAAGAAAAUACUAGAUUGAUUAAUGAAGUUGAACAAUUAGAAAUUAGUAAUAGUCGAUUAGAAGUUAAUAAUCAAAAAUUAGUUAAUAGAAAUAAUGAAUUAAUUGAAAUUAAUACUGCUUUAAAGAUAGUUUUUAACAAUGAUGAUACAAGAAAUUUUUUUAAAGAAAAAAUGAGUUUAACAAUUGGUAAUUCAAUUCAUGCUGACAACACUUCAAAUGAAUUGACUAUUUUCUUCCAAGGUGAUUUUUCAGUUUCUUCUUCAAGUAAAUACAUUUUUAAACUUCCAAUUAAAGAACUUUCAUUACAUUUAUACGAUUUCAAUUUCUCUGAUCUUUUUGAAAACCAAAGAUUAAGUUAUCUUAAAUAUUAUAAAACAUUACCAUUUAUGUUUAAGAUUUAUAAGAUUCAAACUGAAAAUUAUUUAUUAGUUACGUUUUAUGAUAAUUUAUUAAAUAAAAUUCCAGUUCCUGAAUUUAUUGAAUGUGAAGGAUUUAGUAAUGGAAAUUCAGUUAUUAAAAACACAUUACCUAAUACAAAUUCAUUUUUAAUUUUGUAUUCUGGUAAAUAUAAUUUAUAUUACAAAAAAGAAUGUAUUUUGUCUUUCAUUCCAGACCAAAAGCAAUAUUUUUUAGAUUUCAAAAAUUGUUUUAUUUAA